AAAAAGCUCAGACAGUCCACUGAACGGAGUGGUGGAUGCCGCACGGCAAUGGCAAGGUACGCGAUCCCCGCGGAGGCCAAGAAGAAGCUCUUCUUCACAUCCACCCAGGAAUCGCACGACGGCCGCCCGCCGGUGCCCGUUGGCAACUUCCACAGCCUGCGUGAGACGCAGCACGUUUUCGGGCGGGCGGCUUCGGCGCCCACAGGUGAAGGCGGCGAGAAGUGGCGAGGGACCUCGUACGACAAGGCCUUCUCGAGAGAGCCCGUCUUUGUGGACCUCGAGGUGAACCGCUGCAUGGCCGCCAUGGCCAAGGUGCGCAAGGCCCACGUGAAGUCGCCGCACGUGGGCGCCUCGUCCUAUGCAGAGUCCUUCGACUGGAAGGGCUACGACAAGCCCUUGUAUUACAAAGUCCCGGACUGCGGGGCCCGGGAAGCAGUGUGCUCAGGCGUUCAGGGCCGGCUGGAGUCUACGUCGGGGUCGGCCUAUGCGGGCGUCCGGCCAACGUCGGUUCCGCAAAAGUUCAUCCCGGUGGAUCAGCUGGGGGGAGUGGCUCAGAGCUACGACUUCCUCCAGUCUUCCUAUGGCGGCAGCUUCACCGCCGGCCCCAGGCUCCAGAAGUCCCAGAGGAGCGUUCGGAAGAGCUGCUCCGCAGGCGACUUGAUGGCCUCGCUGCGGAACUCGACAUAUCGUGCCUCCUUCAGCCGCAAAGGCUUUUAGGCGUGCACUUGGGAGGAAGUAGAUGGCGCAAUUCCCUCUUACUUACCGUGCCGGGCACACCCAGCUGUGCUUGGUGUAUUUCCAGUGGGAACAUUUCGCGGUUUUGGAGCGCUGUCAAAGAGCGGCUGCUGAACUCGCCGUUGGUGUUGGAUGC